CGCAAAAUCGCCUCCCGCAAGCCCCGGCUUAUCUGUUGCUCUGCCGCUUCGAAAAUAAAGUGUUGGCAAUCUCUACUAAACAAACAUGAUUGCCGGUGGACACGGGGAUCCUAACCCUAACACAUCCUGGUUGGAUUCACGUGGACUGUGGCUCGCGUACGUGUUGGGUAUCCUGAUGUUUCACAUCAUCCUGCUGGCGAUUCCGUUCGUGCAGAUUCCGUACGCCUGGACCAUCACAAAUGUGGCGCACAAUUUGGCACAUCUUUACUUUUUGCACUCGAUAAAGGGAGCCCCUUGGAUGAGCAUCGAUGCCGGCGAAAGCCGUAGGUACACCCAUUGGGAGCAGAUAAACUAUGGAGAACAGUUUACGGCAACCAGAAAGUUUCUCACGGCGGCCCCUAUUGUGCUCUUUCUGCUCACGUGUCUCUACACACGCAAUGAUGUCGAUCACUUCAUCGUCAACUUCAUUUCCUUGGCGGUAGUUCUUGUACCAAAAUUGCCACAAUUUCAUGGAGUACGUCUGUUUGGUAUUAACAAAUAUUAAACAUCUUAGGGGAGAAGAGAAUCAAUGCUCCCAGGGUACCGAAUCGAGCAUUGAUUGGCGAACAUAGUUUCGGCACAAUGGACUGGCAAACAGAAAAUAUGUCUCAAGUUGUAACUAUUGGACUUCACUAACCGUGUACUGUACAUAUUAAUGGGAGAUAUAAUUUAUCGCAAUCGUAGUUUAUUGCUUGCGAACUAAUAUUUGGCAUUCCUCUCGUAAGUUCAAUUGAAAGUAAGAUGCACUAUGUUAUACGAUUGAAAUUGUCUAUGUACUGCAAUGCAAAACGAUGCUGUUCUUUUAAAGAUGUAUAUUGUGAUUAUUGUCAAAUAAAUCUCAUGAACACUAAG